AUGUCAACUUCGACUGCUCCUUUGCUGAACGGUGCCGUGCCGGUGCCUACGGCGUCUUUCAACGAGGCGUCAGAGUUUGGGAAGAUUCUUAGAAUACGCGAUCAGGUUUUCUCCGGAGAUCAUCCUCGACUGACUGUGCCUGCCCAUUCCAUCAGACUGUCAUCUUCUCAGACUCCUUCGGCCGUGUCCCAGUCUCUCUUGAAUGUCCCUCCUCCAUUCCCCAGCAGUGUAUCGCCAAGUCGCCUGGCCGGCAGCUCAUCCAGACAGGGAGAACACACCAAGGCCAAUGGCCUUGCCAGUAAUGUUUCUGAAUUUGACCCCAUCCUCCUGACCAAGUCGGAUGAUCUAGUUCGAGCUGAAAUACAACUCAAGCGGCAGCGGCUGGAGAGGGCUCUGAAAGAGCAGUUUGAACAGAAGAGACAAGAUACACGAAGGAAGCCUGCCCCGUCGGAGGCUAAGCCAGACUUUGACCUUCCGGCCGUCCUUGCCAAGGUACUGAACAGGCCCAAAUCGCCUGCUUCUAAAGAUGAGGGCGAGGCCAGCGACUCCUUUGAAGCAAACUCUCUGUACUCCAGCAGAGCUCCUGAUUCCACACCAGGCGGUCCAGUUUCUGGAGACGAGAGUGAGGAGGGGCAAGUUGACGAGCCUUCCAGGCCACCCGCUGUGAGUGCUGUCAUGGGUGAACGUCUCGCUCAAGAUGACGAGGGUCAUACCUCUACUAAUAAUCAGCCCAUGCCACCACCUGUUGCCACGGCCUCCAAAAUGGACUUGGAUGAUGAAGAGGAGGAAGGUGAAUACUCACCUCCAGAGGCAACGGCUUUCCCUGUCCCCAAGACUGCAUCAUCACAGGCUAUGCCAGACGAAAGAGAUCCAAGAGGUCGUCCCUUGCGCAGAUACUCGGAGACUGAGGACAACGGGAGGCGACCACUAUCCCCAUCAGAAGCCAACAUGCGGAUUGUAAGGAACCAAAUCACCUCCCCACUUGCCCCAGUCCCUUCGCGUGUCUCUCCUCUUGCUGUAGCUAAGGAUCCGCCCUUCUCGCAGGACGAACGUCAAAGACGAUCACAACGGAUUGGUGGACCGGGAUCUCCCCCAAGUCCCGAUGAGUCUCAAGGAAAUAUCCCCCCUAGGAAGAGAAGGAAACUUGAGCGACGGGCAGAGAAGAAAGCCAGACAGAACCCGUUCAUUAAGGAAGAAAACAUCUCGCCCCCGCCAUUUCAUGAUGUUCAGCCGCUUGGAUCCGGCAGGCUCCGUCCAAUGGAUGCAGAUCGACCUAUUGUUAUCGAGGACGACCCCGUACAAGAUACCCGUUACAUGUCAUCUACAGAACGGUACGUGGACUCUCCCUCGCGGCCAAUUCAUCGUCAGGUCGAACAAUUGAUGCCUCUGAGCGAGCCACGUGUCAUGUCAAGGGCUAGUAUCAGGCCUAUGCGAGACGAUCAAGACCUCCGACGAGUUGCUAGCAUGCACAAUAUGCGAGCAGAGGCCCCACGCGAAUACAAUGAUCCGUACUACGAAUCUCCAAGCCGAACAAGAGCGGUAUCUUAUGCCAGAGCUGGAAGUCCUGCUCCUUUCGAAUCACCUCGCUACCAACGCGAACCUCUUACCGAAUACGACCGGCCCCCACACGAGGUCAGAGUGGUUCGCUCUCCUGCACCGGUCUAUCGCGAAAUGUACGACGAUGGUGAGCCUUAUCGGUACGCGGCAGAGCCAAUGCCACCACCCCGGAUGGUCGAGAGAAUUGUGGUCGAUGGCUAUGGGAGACGAUUCCGCGAAAUUAUCGAAGAUCACCCGCCUCCUUUCUCGAGAGCAAUGUCGGUCCGGAGGGGCGAUGCCGAGCCGAUUUACGAGAAUUAUCGGAACACCAGGGCAGCUUCAGUCUUCGUUGAACCUCCACCAGAGAGAAACUUCUCGGCAGCGGAUAUGCCUCCGCCACCGACCUCUUAUCGACGCGGCGGUGAUACAAUGCGUAGCUCUGUUGCGCCUGCCUCAUCUUCACGAGAGUUUGCGGAGCCUGGAUCAUUGGCAAGAAGCUCAAGUGUCAUGAUGAACCACUCACCGCGGCGUACCAUGUAUCCUGACGAGAGACCCGACUUUCGUGAGCCCGUGCGGAUGGGUAGCGUGCGCCCACCCUCGAUGCGAUAUGAAGAAGCCCCUACGGCGCAGAUGAUGACAAGAUCACAAAGUGUUCGCCCAGGCGCCCGUGAAGGCAGCUACUUUCCGCAUGACAGGCCUCCAGUCAGCCACGAAUAUGGCCCUCCGGAACUAUCGAGAUAUCAUGCACCCGAGCCAGAGCCAAGACACUAUGACGCACAAGCCAGGGACUUGAUGCCCAUGGACGGGCCGAUGGAUGGGAGACCUAGAGGUAUGGAUAGGUAUUGA